AUGCGUUUACAAAUAUUACUCCUAUUAGGAGCAGCAUGGGCAGAUGUCUUACCCAAUGGCUGUCCACGAGAUUUCAGCGUCCAUCACCUGCUGAGACACGAAGAUUGCACCAAAUUCUACUCAUGCAGCAAUGGAGUGCCCAUUGAGAUGUCGUGUGGACCUGGAACUGGCUUUGACUUUGAUUUACAGAUAUGUAAUUGGCUGCAUUUAGUUAAUUGUGUCCCUACAACUGAUAAACCAACGACAACGCAUCAAACAACAACAACGGAUGAGCUAACAACGGAUGAACUACCAACUAUAAGCCCGCCAACGACUCCCCAAGAGUGUCAAGACGUCACUUGGAGUGCUAACAUGGAUUGCGACGUCAUUAAGAAUUGCGCUGAUUACGUCAAAUUAAAGUUUAAUUGCCCAAUAAGUAUGGACAAAGACAGUUAUAAUAUAUUCAUGGAAAUUAAGUAUGAAUAUCCGGGAAGAACAAAGGAAAACACGAAGAUGUACGCUGUGCCAAAACAAUGGAAAUAA